AAUAAAAAUGCAAGGAUGGAGAAAAGAAAUUGCGGCACAUCGUCCACCACCCCGCAUCCCGCGCAGCGUCCACCUCCAACGGAGGAGCGUAAGGAAGUUCUGUGUUGUGUUUUAAGAAGGAAAACAAGAAUGGAGGGAAGUAUCGUCGAAUACUUUGGGAAAGGUGAAGGGCAUAGAUGUGGAUAUUGUGGUAACAGUGACACCAGUAUAUCUCAUGGUAUGUGGGCUCACCGUUUGACAUGCACUGACUAUGAGGAUUUGGUAAACAGAGGUUGGAGGCGAAGUGGUAAAUAUGUCUACAAACCACUUAUGGAAAACACCUGCUGCAAACUAUUUACCAUCAGAUGUGACGUUACAAACUUUAAGCUAUCAAAAUCACAGAAGAAAGUCCUGAAGAAAAUGAAAAAGUUCCUCCAAGAUGGGAAAGCUGGGAAGGAUUCUAGUUCAACUGAAGAGAGAUCAAAUGACAAUGCUGUCAAACCCUCGAGAACGAGUACUCACCUGGAAUGCCAAGGCAACCCUCAAUAUCCUGAUGCUACAAAGGGGGAGAGUGGAUUGAAGAAUGAAACGCGACAGAAACAAAUAGGAUGGAAGAAGGCAGAGGAUCAACAAGAAAUGACUGAGUGUCACACAGAGCAAAAAGAAAACCCUGCGAAGACUAUUGAAGACCAUAUGUCAGAUAUAGACGAUGCCAAAAUGUUACACAGGCUAGAGGUUAGAACGGUACGCUCGCAUCCUCAAUCCAAAGAAUUUUUGGAAAGUUUUCAGUCAGAGUAUGAACUCUUCUUAAAAUAUCAAGUGGCGAUCCAUAAGGAAACACCGUCUGAAAACCCAAUUUCACAGUUCAAAAGGUUUCUUGUUGACUGUCCGCUUAUGGAAAGGGAGGCAGCAACCGGAUGGCCAUCAACUGGUCUUGGUGCAUUUCAUCAGCAAUAUUUCAUGGAUGGUAAACUCAUUGCCGUUGGUGUGAUUGACAUUUUACCGCAUUGCCUGUCAUCAAAGUACUUCUUUUAUGAUCCAGAAUUUGACUUUUUAUCACUUGGGACAUUCUCUGCUUUGAGAGAAAUCUACUUUGUAAGAAGUCUAAUGAAAAACUGCCCGUCCUUCAAGUAUUAUUACAUUGGCUACUAUCUCCAUGCUUGUCAAAAGAUGCGAUAUAAAGGAAACUACGAUCCUUCGUUUCUGCUUUGCCCCGAAUCGUACAAAUUUGUGCCAAUAAAAUCUUGCAUCCAGAAGCAUGACUUGACGAAAUACUGCCGACUUAAUCCACUUGAAGAACCAGAUGUAUAUCCGAAUGAAAAGAAAGCCCUUAUACUGCACCAAGGUCAAAUAAUGCCUUUUCCGAUAUAUUUGGAUAUGUUUUUGGUCAAAGAAGAAGAGAAACAACGAAAUAUUGAGGAGGCUCGCGAAUACUGUAGACUGGCUGGCGAAGCUGCCGAGAGGAUGUUCUUAUAUCGUGACUAGCAGAUUGUCAAAAACCGUCAGUGUUUAUUGUGAUCAUUUAUCUUUCGUCAGUGUUUA